CGUAUUUCAUGUAUUUCAAGAUUGUCGUCAAAAUUAAGUAUAUGACUUAUUGAUAAUUUAUCAAAAAAUUUUCUUAUCUUACAAGUACAGAAGCAAAUAUAUGUAUGCUUCUGAAUAUACUGAUGCAAUGUUAUAAGUUUCGAUAAUAGUAAUUGUGUUUAUCACCAACUUAACCUCAAUGUUAGCGCAAAAAGUAAUUGUGCCCGUGAUGCGUCAUAGAAUUCUUGUUAUAGGUAUAUAUGUUCAUUAACAACUACUAGUAUUCGUAAUAUUGAUUAACAUAAUAAAUAAACUGCAGUAAAUGUUGUAAUAUAGUUAAUAUUUAACAACGAAAUCUUUGACGCUUAAGAAUAGUAAAUUUAUAAAGUUGUUGGUUGUUGUUAAUUUUUGGUUUGUUAAAAUCUAUUAACAAAAAUGACUUCGCCGUUUACUUGCAUCACAUGCCGAGUAGCAUUCAGAGAUUUAGAUAUACAGAGACAACACUACAAAUCAGACUGGCACAGAUACAAUUUAAAAAGAAAAGUAGCUGAGUUACCUCCUGCAUCCAUGGAAGAAUUUCAGAAAAGAGUGAUUGCACAAAGGACCGAAGGUGACAAAGAAAAGGAAGAAGGAACAAUAAGUUGUAAAAUAUGUAAGAAGAAUUUCAACACAAGAAAUCAAUAUGAAAAUCAUUUAUUAUCAAAAAAACACAAGGAGAAAUGUGCAAAACAAAAUGUUCCUUUUGAUACUGAAAGUGAAGAUCUUGAAAAUAAUGCUGGUCCAUCGUUUGAUUCUAUAAUUGAGAAAAAUGUACAAGGAGAAGUUUCUGUAAAACAACUAAGUGACGAUAUGGAAGUAGAUUCUGAUAUUGAAUCUGUAGAUUCUGACGAAUGGGUGGAAGAUACUGAAAAUCCAGUCGUAAAUAACAAUUGCUUAUUUUGCAAUCAUCAUAGUAGGUCAUUGGUACGCAAUCUAAAACAUAUGACAAUUGCACAUUCGUUCUUCUUACCAGAUCCUGAAUAUUGCACAGACAUUAAAGGUUUACUUGUGUAUCUUGGAGAAAAAAUUUUUGCUGGAUACAUGUGCAUUUGGUGUAAUAAUUCUGGAAGAUGUUUUCAAACCGUUGAGGCUGCUAGGGCACAUAUGAUAGAUAAAGGUCACUGUAAAAUGUUGCAUGAAGGAGAUGCAUUAGCAGAAUAUGCAGAAUUUUAUGAUUAUUCAUCCAGCUAUCCUGAUGCAGAAAUUGAUGAUCCAGAUGCAGAGAUUGAAAUACCAGAAUUAGAUGAUAGCGAUUACCAGCUAGUAUUACCAUCAGGAAGUAUUAUUGGUCAUAGAUCUCUGUUCAGAUACUAUAAACAAAACUUAAAUCCAAAUAGGGCAGUUGCAGUAUCAAAGAGUACAAAACUGCGUAAAGUACUGUCACAAUAUAGAGCUUUAGGAUGGUCAGAAACACAAAAAGAGGCAGUUGCAAGGAAAGUGAGAGAUAUCAGAUAUAUGGAAAGAGUACAAGCAAAAUAUUCUACACAAUUGCAAUUUAAGGCAAAUAAGCUGCAAAAAUAUUUUAGACCUCAAGUGAACUUCUAAGCUUUUCUUGUUACAUGUAUAAAUGUUCCUGUAAGACUGCAUUCCUUUUUGCAUGCACUGCAUACUUAUGCAUUCAUUGUUAAUAUAAAAUUACCUAUAUAGUUGAAAAAUUCGUAUUUAAAGUUAUUUGAAAGGAUUAUUAGAAGUCAUUAGUCAUUAUGAAGUGUAAUGUUUAUUUGGCGGAUAGUUUUACAAAAUAAUUUAUAAUAUAUAUUCGUAACAUGUAACACCAAUAAAAAUAAUACUUCUCGU